ACCUGAAAGAAAGCAUAAGAACUCUCCAUUAACAACACUCAGUUUAAAUACCCCAAAACGCACGCUCAGUGUGCGUUCCUAUUCUUUCUUCAUUUGUGGUGCUUGGGAGAGUAAAAGAACGGCACAUGCGCUGUCAAUCUUUUCGUGUAUUAUGUGUAUAGACAGAAUGGUGGUUGUUUAGGCUGGCGUUUAUAUCUGCUAGCUUCGUUUAUUUGGAGUGUUUUUAUCUAAGUCCUUGAUAGCCUCAUUUGUAGAGGCUAUACCCAGCACCCGUGGCGGUAUCACUUUCUCGAGUCACCGUGAGAGACCAAAAGGCAACCGUGGAGCUGAUCACGGCGGGCAUGGAGGCGCUGGGUCCCGGCCCUCCUGCAAAUCUUUUCCAACCGCCCCGAAGACCUGGUCUUGGGACAGUUGGGAAGCCAAUCCGCCUGCUGGCCAAUCAUUUUCAGGUCCAAAUUCCUAAAAUUGAUGUUUAUCACUACGAAGUGGACAUAAAGCCAGAAAAACGGCCUCGAAGAGUAAACAGGGAGGUGGUGGACACGAUGGUGCGACACUUCAAGAUGCAAAUCUUUGGAGACAGGCAGCCGGGUUAUGAUGGCAAAAGAAACAUGUACACAGCUCAUCCUCUGCCUAUUGGACGUGACAGGGUUGACUUAGAAGUGACCCUGCCAGGAGAAGGCAAAGAUCAGACGUUCAAAGUCUCUAUUCAGUGGCUGUCGGUAGUCAGUCUGCAGAUGUUGUUAGAAGCACUGGCAGGACAUGUAAAUGAGGUUCCUGAUGAUUCCGUUCAGGCUCUUGAUGUUAUUACCAGACAUCUUCCCUCUAUGAGGUACACCCCUGUGGGUCGUUCAUUCUUCUCUCCACCUGAAGGCUACUACCAUCCACUAGGAGGAGGCAGAGAAGUUUGGUUUGGUUUCCACCAAUCAGUCAGACCAGCUAUGUGGAAUAUGAUGCUAAAUAUUGAUGUUUCUGCAACUGCAUUCUAUCGGGCCCAGCCAGUUAUUGAGUUCAUGUGUGAAGUGCUUGACAUUCAGAAUAUCAAUGAACAAACAAAACCUCUGACGGAUUCUCAGCGGGUCAAGUUCACCAAAGAAAUAAGAGGCCUGAAAGUAGAAGUGACUCACUGUGGACAGAUGAAGAGGAAGUAUCGUGUUUGCAAUGUUACUCGGCGUCCUGCUAGCCACCAAACGUUCCCUUUGCAGUUGGAGAAUGGCCAGGCAAUGGAAUGUACAGUGGCUCAGUAUUUUAAACAGAAGUACAAUCUGCAGUUAAAAUACCCCCAUUUGCCCUGUCUUCAAGUGGGGCAGGAACAGAAACACACAUACCUGCCUCUUGAGGUAUGUAAUAUUGUAGCAGGCCAGCGGUGUAUCAAGAAACUCACAGACAAUCAGACAUCAACAAUGAUCAAAGCGACUGCAAGGUCUGCACCUGAUAGGCAGGAAGAAAUCAGCCGUCUGGUGAAAAGCAACAGCAUGGUUGGUGGACCUGAUCCCUACCUUAAAGAAUUUGGGAUAGUUGUCCAUAAUGAAAUGACAGAAGUAACAGGAAGAGUUCUGCCUGCACCAAUGUUACAGUAUGGAGGAAGGAACAAGACUGUAGCUACUCCCAAUCAGGGAGUGUGGGACAUGCGAGGAAAACAGUUUUAUGCUGGCAUUGAAAUCAAAGUCUGGGCGGUGGCUUGCUUUGCACCACAGAAGCAAUGUCGAGAGGAUUUGUUGAAGAGUUUCACAGAUCAGCUCCGCAAGAUAUCCAAGGAUGCAGGGAUGCCAAUUCAAGGGCAGCCCUGUUUUUGUAAAUAUGCUCAGGGUGCAGAUAGUGUGGAGCCCAUGUUCAAACACUUGAAAAUGACUUACGUUGGACUGCAGUUAAUAGUGGUGAUUCUACCUGGGAAGACACCAGUAUAUGCUGAGGUCAAACGUGUUGGAGACACCCUCUUAGGAAUGGCUACACAGUGUGUACAGGUGAAGAAUGUAGUAAAAACUUCUCCUCAGACUCUUUCAAAUCUCUGUCUCAAGAUCAAUGCCAAGCUUGGAGGAAUAAAUAAUGUGCUGGUACCACAUCAGAGACCCUCUGUGUUCCAGCAGCCAGUCAUCUUCUUAGGAGCAGAUGUUACUCAUCCACCAGCAGGAGAUGGCAAAAAACCAUCUAUUGCUGCAGUUGUUGGUAGCAUGGAUGGCCACCCCAGUCGUUAUUGUGCCACAGUUCGUGUACAGACCUCUCGUCAAGAGACUACACAGGAGCUUUUGUACAGUCAAGAAGUUAUCCAGGAUCUUACCAACAUGGUGCGAGAACUGCUAAUUCAGUUUUACAAGUCUACCCGCUUUAAACCUACUCGUAUCAUUUACUACAGAGGUGGUGUUUCAGAGGGACAGAUGAAACAGGUGUUGGUAAGAGUGGAAAUGUACCAGCAGGGACUACUGUGGAUAGUACCAUCACUCACCCAUCAGAAUUUGACUUUUACCUUUGUAGCCAUGCUGGCAUUCAGGGUACCAGCCGUCCUUCACACUAUCAAGUUUUGUGGGAUGACAAUUGUUUUACUGCAGAUGAGCUACAACUGCUGACCUAUCAGCUGUGUCACACUUACGUGAGGUGCACUCGCUCAGUUUCUAUCCCUGCUCCUGCAUACUAUGCUAGACUUGUAGCCUUUAGAGCACGUUAUCAUCUUGUUGACAAAGAUCAUGACAGUGCGGAAGGCAGUCACGUUUCAGGACAGAGUAAUGGACGUGAUCCCCAGGCACUAGCUAAAGCUGUCCAGAUUCAUCACGACACCCAACACACAAUGUAUUUUGCCUGAGAGCACAGUUUGUCCGUUUGAAUCAUUUGGCAGCUCUUGGCACUUUCUGCGGUCCUGAAGAUUUGAAAUCUUGCUACUAAAACACUUUGCGAGGACCAGCUUCACUUUGGAUCGCUUUCUACCAGCAACCUUUGAACAGACGCACUGAGUCAAACUUUUACUACGAGGUUUAAUGCUUCUACAGAACUGAGCCAUUUUUAUUUAUUUUUAUUAUUUCUAAAGCACUAUAGAAGGACAUACAAACUUUUUCCCCUACCAGAACUGCUAGGAUAUUUUACCUCAUGGUGUGAAAGCAAAACACCCUUUUAAGGGGCUUACAUAAAAGAUUUUGAAUAUGAAUUUUUUAUCCCUUUUGUUUUUAACAAAGUGGCAUUGUAAAGGCUUCCUUUUUAUCUACAGCUUGAGUGCUCUGCGUGUGUUUCUGUAUGAUGGUUCACCUUAUUCAGAUGUGGAAAUCUGUUCUACUUGCUUCGUAAAACUUUCAUCAUGUUAAGCCACUGAAAUUUUGAGUGAAGAUUAUAUUUUUCACUUGUUUGAAAUGCCUUUCAUUCACAAAGAAUAGACUUUAUUAGUAAAGGCAGCCCUUUUCCCCCCAAGGUAAGUAUCUGCAGACAUUUUGUACUGGGACAGGUCCAGUCUGUGAAGCAUUUGCACUAUAUUUCAGAUUCUAAUCAUGGACAUUUCUGUUUUCUAAACUUUGUGGGAAUGUGAAACUUAAUCAGACAGGAAGAGCCUUGUUUCUGUUGUAGUUGUGUUGGGUGUGUUUUUACAGAAAUGUUGGUCAGCCAGCUUUUACAGUCUGUGCCACUAUAGUUUACAAAGUGGUCCACAGUGCUUCUUCCGUUCUACCCACCUAAAAAAAGAAAAAUUAUGAUCGGACUUCAAAAGUUGUACUUUUACAGGCAUUAUUAGUCUAUGUUGUAUGUUACUAUAUUUUAUUUGAAAAGUGGUUCUAACUCUUACUGAACUAAUGUUUUCAACUUCACAUACCAGAUAAAAGUAACUGUUGUGCUGCAGAUCAGCAAUAAGUUAUAAAAUGUUUACUUUGUCCAGUAGUGGACAGUAAAGUGUACAUAAGUGUCUAUAUAUAAUAUAUUUAUAUUUUAUUUUCAUCACGUGAAAUUGUAUACAUCUUUUACAGUUCUAAUUGUACUUUCAUUGAAGGUUGGUCAUGUUCAACAUGGUAACAUUUUGUUAAUAGGAACAGAACAGCACAAAUGGACACUUGUAUGUUUAAUGACAGGUUAUAAUUUUUCUGAAGUUAACAUCCUGCUUAACUUAUAUGGCAGUGUUCUAGAUCUUCCUGUUGCUAUGCUUAAGAUUUUAAAGGGUCUUGGCUUAGUACUAAAACUGAGAACCAUUUUCAGUAAUACUUGCAGAGAUAUCUACUAACAGUAUUGUCUGGAUACACUGAGCUUGGUUUUCUAAUUAAUUUUUAAGUGUAGCACCUGUUUCAUGUUUUGUUUUUUGUUUUUUUUUUAUCUGAACCAGUUGUUAAAUUUUAAUACAAAGGUAUAGCACACAGGGUUUUAUAGCACUAUCAUUCAUUUGGCACUUUGCUGAUCUCCCUUAGAUUGUAAUUAGCACAGAAAUGGUUGCUUCUUUUCUGCGCUGUAAAAGAAGAUAGAUAGGGAUUUAAGGGGUUUAGUUUUUAGCAUAAAGAAAGUCAUUAAAUUAAUCCUCUACAGAAUAGCAAUUUUUCUGCCAUCAGGUUGAUAAGCAUGUAUGUGAUUUAAGUUUACAGUAUGUUUGUUUUCCAGCAGUGGGGUCCUUUUCCUGACCAGUUAUUUAGCAUUUCCAAGCAAAGGGGAAAAAAAAAACAAGCAUAGUAAUGUACAGAAUCAUUUUAUGCCACAGAGUUUCUUAAAUAAGCUUGUAAAUAGAGAUGUCUUGAGUUUACAUUUUAACAGGAAAGAUGCUAAGGUUUUAUUUUCAGCAAAACUUGUAGACACUAAAACAGAAAUCAUUGUAUUUAAACCAUUUUGUAAUAAACCAUUGUUAAGCAAGAGGUUUGUUAUAGGUGUGUUUAAACAUAUUUCUCAAGUGCACAAGACAAGACACAUUUGUUGUCUUUCUGAUGCACGUGGCCAGGUAAAUUUAACCAUGUUGUCCUUUCCUUUUAUUACCAGCAGUGAAGUCUAUAUACCUCAGUGCAUAGAGGAAACAUAUAUAUGAAUUAGUCUAUUCCAUGCUAGCUGCUGUUUAAGUCGAAUGGCUGCUUUAUUAUUUUCACGUAUGUUGAUUUUUUUCAGGGAGCAAGUCCUGUAAUGGAUGAUUAAAUAUGUGCCUAAGGCAGGCUUGAGAAAUACAGCAAGCUUGACUAACCUUUCUUGUAGGAGAGGUAUUUCUCUGUUCAAGGGACAUCUCUUGCCAAUGAGGAUUUUACAUUUGUUUAAAAAAAAUAAUAAAAUUAAGCUGUCAGCAUUUUACAGUGCUUUGGAAUGUCCAAGUGCACUUUAGAAUUACAACAGUGAACUGCCUAAAAAUUGCAGCAGUAGAUAGUUCUGUUCCUAAAAUGAAAUGCAAAGCAAAGUCACUUAAAGAUAUUUAGUACUAUGUUAAAGAGAAACAGUCAUUUGCAGUUGGCUUUUGGGUACAAGCCUAGAGAUCGGGAAAGUUUUCAAUUAAGUAUACCAUGAAGUGUUUUUCAUCCUUUGAUCUUGCUGGUUUGCCACCUACCCCUUUUGUUAAUUUUUAAAAGUUGUGGGCCUUCCAAGUGUGUCUGCACUAGUGUACAGAUGGCUUUCAUGUAUCAUUUUGGUCGUGGUAUGAAUGACCUCAGUCCCAGUUGAAUUUUAUCUUUUAUUUUAUAUUAAAAUAUGCAUUUCAUUUAACAGUAGAAAUUUUGGCAAGGUGUUCAAUAAAGCCUUUGAUUUCCCUGCUCAACAAAUUUGCCAUAUCAUUGUGAACAGCUUAGCUGCAGAGUAUUCUGGGUCUUUUUAAAAUAUACCAUGUGCAGUAGCAGUUAGCAUCAGAUCUGUUAACAGUGCAGGUGUAAUAAAUAGAUCACUGAGCCAUCAUUCAGCUGGUGCUUCUGUGAUACGAUUGCCAAAUGUGUCUAUGUGGGUGGGAUAUUUCCUCCCAACACAUUUUGAUUUUAUUCCUUCUGAUGGAAGAGAGCAGAAAAUAGUGUUGUCACCUCACAGCAAGAGGUUUCACAGUGCAAUUCUUGGGUGGAGUGCCUUCUGUCUGGAGUCUGCAUGUCCUCCCUGUGUUUGUGUGGGUUUCCUCCAGGCUCCUCCCACAUUCCAAAGACAUGCAGUAAGUGGAUUGGACACACCAAGUUGGCCAUAGAUGUGUGUGGUUUGGAAGAAAUACCACGGCAGGAUUAGCCACCCAGUGGUGUAAAUCUUUUCUCUAAAUGAUUGUCCCUGUUGAAGUGACACCCCAACCCCAUGUGCAAAAAUGGAGAAAAGGGAUUUUGGAUGGGUGGGAUAGAAGGGAAAACAAUCCCUGCCUCUUUCUCAGUAAUUCACUUAUUUGUUCCAAAACAUUUGCAAUUCAUGCCAUUCUGAUUCCCGUACUUUUUGACUUGUACUUCAUUUCUUCAGCUUUCUUUUUGUGUCAUUUAUCAGAAAUGUCUCAGUCCUACUGCAGAAAGGUGACUUGCAUUAAGUAAGCAGUGUUUGCUGCUUGAAAUCAAAUUAUUUUGCCAGCUAAUUACUUAUGCUAGUUGCCAUACAUUCCUGUGGUGGUGUAAAAGAAAUUUGGAGUUGGUAGUAAAUUAUCCAGUAGCCUGAGACUCAACUACCCUCUGUACUUUUCUCAUAACAUUGAACAUUCCAAGCCUUGUGUACUCAUUUCGUUCAUACUGAUGUUGACUGGGAUAAUGUAACAUUUUGCAUAAGUUUGUAUGGGUUAUCCAUACCUGGAGCCACCCAUUCCUGAAUAUAUUUGCUAUAUCCUAGUAUUUCAGACCUUGUUUUUGAUUAUAGAGGGUUUGAAAUGUUUUGGUCAGAAGCUUUUUUCUUCCAGUUGAGUUAUUUAAUCCAUGCAAAUGACAAUAAUUGUAGUGCAUGGAGCGCACUGACUAUGCUCCAAUAUUCAGAAAAAGGCAAAUCAGUUGAGCGCUACUGUAGCACGAGACCCGACUGUAGGCAGUCAAAUAUAUCAGUAUUGGCCUGCAAAGAUGGCUGCAAAAAAAAAAAAAAAAUUUAGUUUCUGCCUGCUCUCCAUGCUGAUAACACAUCCCUGACUUUCUCUUAUAAACUUAAAGUAGCUAGAAUAACAGAGCAUGUGUUCGCCUGUAUUUUUUGACGGAUACGAAGAUUGAAACUCAAAUGUAUGUCUUCAUUUAGUUCUUCAGUCCUCAGUGAUUUAUCUGAAAGCUGAAUAUUUCGAGGAAUAGACAAAACAAGGCAAGAAUUUGGACAUUUUGUGAAAAUCUGGUCGUUUUGAGAGGCAUGGCAAAGAGUGUAAACAUAAGGGAGUGUGUUGCAAUGUCUUCCUGACAGCACUUACUAACUGCUUUAUGAUUUUGAAGGCUGGCAAAACACUUGGCCCUUUUUCUGUGACUAGUAGUACAUGGGGCCGAAAAUUAUGAUUGGGUCUCCGAUCAUAACCUUUAAUUUUGUGUUCUCAACAUGGAUGCAGAACUUCACCUAGAGAAUAGAUUUCUUGGUGUCUGUGUCUGUAACACACAGUGUAGCUGUGAUUGGUGACCUGAUCAUAAUCCUCUGUUAUGGGUACCAUAAUAAGUUUCCUUUGCUAUGCGACAUCUGUUGGUUCCCAGCUGACUGCUUUCUACUUUCCUUUUGAUGGAAUCUUUUUUCUUUGGAUGAAUGCUCUUUGCUUGAAUCUAAAAUCUUUCAGGUGGCCCUUGUCUCAUCACUGUAUUGCUAUAGUUCUUUGUGGGGGCUCUCCUGGAAUUUUUCAUUCCUUUUAUGAACAAGUUAUGUCUUGUACUGUGAGUAAUGUGCUUCUGUGAUGAACUUCCCACCUCCUUCCCAUCCUUCAUGAAGAAGGCUUCACUGUAAUUCUUUCUUUCCCUUCAAAUUAGAAAAAGUUAAUUUCACCAUUUUAAACCUACAUUAGUCAAAGUGGUAAGCAGAUACCAUAGUCAUGCAGUCUGCAUUUUGAAGGGUAUUCUUUGAGAAGCCUUCAAUAAAGACUGCAUUUCCUAGCUGAAGACUGUACAUUUUGCCUUUUCACUGAUUUGACUGAAGCUCCUCCUUUGCACAUCAGUCUACAGUCUAAAUUUUUUUUUUGUGAAAUGUUGCAUUUUUUUCUUGUAUUGCCAAAUUGUGACCUUGAAAUCUAAGACUGAAUGACUGUUACUCAGUUGUUUACAGCCUUAAGUAAAUAAAGUGAUUAAGCAGGUCACUGGUUCCAACUGUAGGAUUAAUUAAAAAAAGUUAACUUUGGUACUGACUUGAAUAGUUUGUUUGCAUUAACAUGCAGAUGACCAGCUAAUGGCUAAGGUACAAAAUGUGACUGAGCUACAGUUCUGAGUCUGAACAGAAGCGCUUGGUACUCAUUUUGGCCAAACAUUUAAAUGUAACUAUAAAUGCAGUGUUAGAGAAGGCCACUGGUGAAUGCUAAAAGACAAAUGGAUUGCAAGAGAGACCUGAAGAAAUCGAAGUGGUUUCAGGGCAUGUUAUUGGAGCGAUGUUACUGCAAGCAGAAGAAAGGUUUUUCUGUAAAACAAAGGUUAUGAGGAUGGUAGACACCCCCCCCCCAGAUAUUUCUGGGUGUACCCUAUUAGAAAAUAACCACUUAAGUGACGCAUUGUUAGUAUCGGGAAGACUUACAAUGAAAAACUUUUGUUUUUCAAUUUUAUAGGUACAUCUGUCUUUUAAGCAUUUUAUUCCUUCUCCCUGCCAUACAACAUUUAGCAUAGUUUUUUUUUUGCUAAAAGUAGGAAAGCAAGUCUUACAAUGCAAGAUUUCCCACACUGCCUGUUUGGUUAGCACAUAGUGUGUUGUGACACACUAGUUCAAGCCUCAAUCCGUGUGUGCCGUAAUAGUGUCUGCCACUUGAUACACACGUAGAAAGUCUGCAUUCUAGCUUACUUGGUUUGCAGCAGUCAGUGUUGCCAAGAAAAUAACAUUUUUAAUGACUUCUAGAACCAUGUAAAUCCAUGCUUCAACAUCUAAUCUCUUGAACUGCUUCUUCCUGAGCCUCAUUGGUUCAGAAUUCUUUAGUCUGGUUCUCUUGCUUGUUUAGGGUUUCCCAUAACCUUAUGUAUAAUUUCUCAGGGUCAUUUUGUGUUAAAUUUUGACAGACUGCCUCAGAUACUUAGCAGGUAAAUAAAGGCAUCAGUCUAUCUUUGAGAGCAUAUCAGCAGGGGAGCUUCAUUCUCUCUGAUCCUGUAGGAGGUUUUCUUUCCCCUUGGGCUGUGAUGGUACCAGGUUGGUGUGCUAUGCUAGGUUUGUUUUUCCUGUUAGCCGUCCAUAUGAAAGAACUGAGGAAGAAGGGGAAGUUAACUGCCCCCAGCUUUACAUGGCCACGUCAUCACUGAUGAGUUUAAUAAAUGAAAACCUGUUGGCACCCUUGAUCCAAGUUUCUUGAAAGCAUGCUGUACUGAUUGAGAUACAGAGAAUCCUGGUCUGUAAUAAAACAUUAAAUCUCCACAAGUCAAAGUGAUAUUAAAUAUCUAGAGAUCACCACCUUAACGUAUGAGCAUCUUAAAGUAGUAGUGAAUCUUUUUGCAAGGGAAAAUUGUGGCAUUCAUUGCACCUCCCAGAUUUGGUAGCUCUUGUCUGAAUCUCUGAGCACUAUAUGAACUAUGUCUGAGGCUGCACAAACUCAUGGAAAAGGAAGGUGGUGAAUUUAUUUUUUUUUUAACUUUUUCCUUUUUAGGAGUUGUGUGAUUUUUAGGAACUCCAUCACACAGCACUUGCAGCAAGCCAAGGUCUGUCCUAAACAAGAUGUUGAUAAUAUAAGCACAUGCAUUCAUGACUCUCUAAAUAUUGACAAUUCAUUUGACAAGGCAGUGUUCCAUAUUUAGUGAUCUGUUUUGCAAACUUGCUUUAAAUCAAAAGAUGAAAAGCCGACUUGGAGUUUUAUUGUCUAUUGCUAGUACUACAUGACUGUUUAUCUUUAAUAUGUAGCUCAUUCUGAUACCAUGUGUACAAACAGUACAAAUAUGCUACAAAAACUGAAUUAAGGAGGGCAAGACGUUGGGGUUUAUCUAAAGCUAGGGCCGUAUAUUACAGUAGCAUUGCUAACAUUUUGAAAAAGGUAUAGGUUUUCUUUUUAAUCAUGUAGGUCAUGUAGUUAUUGUGAAUACCCCUGAGUUUUGUUAAAUUGAUAUUGUGCAUGUGUCAAUCAUUGGGAAGAUGUGCAUUUUGUACAACUAGAGCUAGAAUUUAUCCAGUUUCAUGGGCAUUAUGUAAAUGAAUAUGUAGCUAGACUUUUGUGGCAAGGUAUAAAGCAGUAAUUUACCCAUAUUACUGUAAAUUGUAAUAACUUCCAGUUUUUAGAUCCCAUUUGUACAAUACUUUCAGGCCAUUUUUGUUAGUAUUUGUUUAGAAAUGUAACAUGGUUAUGUGGUACAGCCUUAUCUUGUUCCUCAUUGAACUUAAGAUUUUUUCAGAAAACAAUUUGCUGUUGACUUGGGACAGAUGUGAACAGGCACAGUACCACUUGAUGCAAUUUUGCUGAAGCCCAUUCUGCUAAAUUAAUCUUGGUGCCGCACAAGUUGCGGUAAAUGUCUUUUAUUGCUUUCUUAGUAUUGUCUAUCUGUACAUCUCCACUGGCCAAAUUAAUGCCUGGUUUCAAAUGUAGCAUUUUUUUCAGAUAAAUGUUAAGAUUUUGUCCCAGUAGGCAGUUUUGUUUCAUGUAAGGCAUUAACACUUUAAUGAAUAGUGUCUGCAAGCCUCCUAAGUUCAGUAAUGAUGUGCUGUAUUUUUGUUUUUCACUUUCUUGCUCAACAGCAAGGUAAUCAGAACUUGCUUUCAUUUUCAGAAAGUGAGUUAGAGGGCAUUUUGUUAAUACUGUAAUUUUUGUACAAGUAAAAUAUGGAGAACAAAGGCAAAGUAUCAUUUGAAGAAUUUUGCAAACCAAUGCCUUGCUAUUGACAUUUUUAUAAUACAGUAUUUCCACAAUCACAUAAUUCUUGUCUAUAGAAAGUUUGUAAAAACUGUUGUAUGUUUGCAUUUGUUCAUUCAGCUACAAAAAUUGUAAUUUUUUGUUUCUAUAUUAUUGCUAGACUUGUACUGUUAACUGUAUUUUAUUAAAAUGUUGAAAGUGGAUGUAUGUUUAAUAGCAAUACGAGGUAUUUUUCUGAGCAGUAGUGGUGGAAAAUGAGUAUUUCAAGGAGCCUCUGCUAUGGGCAAAAAACUUGAGUGCAAACUUCAUGUUCUUCCUUAUGUGGCUCUUAAAUUCAUGACUUCCCAUUCUGGAGGUAUGUUAACGGAAGUUGGCCUACGCACCAAGUUCAUGCAGCAGGCUUGAGGUGAGCACAUGUCCUCGGAUCCUCAUUUGUUUGUCUUUAGCACAUUACUAGGAAGUUAUUGUGUUAAAUACCUGAAAAGAUUUGACUUUCCAAGCUGUUGACAGCUGGAUGCCUUUCAAGUGCCAGACAAUUUUUCUUGUCCUUACAGUAUGGUACUGUGUAACUACACCCCAGCCAGAAGAGGUUUUGGCACUUGCUAGUGAGGAUUGACAUUUGCUUCCCCAGAACCUCUUUCUCUAGUUGUAGAUUAACUUUGACAUUCCCCACAGGUCUUCAGUUGGUUGCAUGGAUACAUGAAAGCGUGUUUCAUCAAUCACUUGUGAUAUGACUGGAUUAUUAGUGUUCAGCCUUUUAGUCCUUCGUAGUACCCACCAUAUAUUCAGCUUGACAUUGUGAUUGGCGUAAAUAUGCAAUGUGGUGUUUAUCUCUAGUGUGGGAGUCUUUUAAGGUCAUCUAUCCCCUUGUUUCCUUCCCUUUAACAUGUGCUUGUGCUUAUCUUGGCAUCUUACUAGAAAUGUUUUGGAUGCUGCAUGGGAUAAGCCCAGCUUUUGGUCCUUUACCACCUAAAUUGGCAGAGCUUUUGUAACCCACCAGACUUUUUCCCUAGGCUUCCUAAAGCAGAUUGUGUUUGCCCUUUUGUCCUUUAUCUAGCUGCUCUUUCUCUUAUCUUCCACUUAUUUAAAUGAACUGGUCCUGGGACCAUUUUUCAACCAUAUCCUUCAUCACAAAGACAGAUGACAGUUGUAUCAACUUGUAUGUUUUAAGAAAUAGAAAACUGGCGUACAUGGGUUGGGUGAGGAUAUGUAUAGAGAACAUGCACAUUUCACACAGUCUGUGAUGAGAAGUCAUAGCUGAAAUCUGGAUCCUGAUGCUGUGGUGCGAGGCAGAGAUCUUAACACUAAAGCAUCCAGCUUGAUUUUGUAUCUGCCAUUUCCAGUGUUGUUGAAGAGGAAACCAUGGAAAUGUGCAAUUUUUAUUUAACUAACAGGUUAAGUGGGGUGGUCCAGAGAGCUGUUGCAGACAACUUUUUUGAGUGCCAUUGUGGCUAAUCAGGUACACCAAAAUAACGUUUAGCUAAUGUUACACAAGUGGUUCUGUAAUAUCUGUCCAUGAACAUGUUCCCUUCAUUCUAAGAAAAUACAAGAAAUUCACUUGGACUUUGUCAUGGAAACUAGUUUGAAAUUUUUCAGUUUCCUAUCCCAUCUUUGACUUUGGAUUGUGCUGUACACUGCUGUGGGUGUUUUGAUAGCAGUGACUGUAGUCAUUAACUCUUUGAACCCUUGCUAUAAUUCAUUGGAUUGGUUGAUUUCUUGGCAGAACCUGAUGAUGCAGCAUUCUCCUUUAGUCAAGGUGUGUAUCAUUGCUCUGCUUCAUUCUGCAGGCUCUCCUAACACCUUAGCCUGUUUUGCAAUACUGGGCUAAUUGGUAUGUAAUAUAGUUAAUAGAUAAUGGGGGAGUGACUGUUGUCUCCUUUUUCUGCUCAGAAGGGAUUGUUUAAGACUGAGCCACUGAUUGGGGCAUUCAUUUUUGGUUUCUUCAUGAAUAAUCACAAAGUAACUGGAUGCUAUCUUUUCUUCUUGGAGGGGAUGGUUUGAGAUUGAGUUGCCAGAUGGAGCAUUUUUUUUUUGGUGGUGGUCCACGUGACAAGUAGAACUGAAUGUUUGUAGAUGUCUUGAAUCACAGCUUAAGCUAAGAAUAUUUAGGGUAGUGUUCAUGUUAUGUUUUGAAAAGGAUGCACAUGCUGCUUAUUUAUGUUUUCUACCUGGGAGAAGACUGCUUCCCAAUUUUUGAUCCCACAGGUAUCAGGAGGAAUAGUCAAGCUUGUUCUAUGUGAACUGAGUAGGAAGGUUUGUUUGGAUAAACCUUCCUUACAUUUUGGCGAGUUUUAGGUAGUAAGAUAGUCAUAUUUGACAUUUCAUUAUGUUCUAUAAAUCAUUGGUUCCAGACUCUUCAAAUUUCAACCAUUCCAAGCCUUGAGAGGUCUGGCAUUGUGACAGAUUGCCUUUUUCUGACAGCAAAGCUGCUGCAGUUCCAAUGUCCUUGUUUGUGUACCUUAUUUAUUCAGACGAGCCUUCCAAUUGAGCAAUAUACAAAUGCAUCCUUCAUGUGCGACAUUAAAUCAAGACCCCAUCUGGCUGAGUUGAUGUAGCGCAGGUAGAAGUAAAAGAUCCCAUUAUACUUAAAAACAGAAGGGGGAAAUUCCCUGGUGUCCUGGCCAAAUUUCCUGUAGUCAUUAUGAAUUCCGCUUUGGGUCUUCCUUUAAAAGAGGCCUUGGGCCUAGUGGAACUUACCCAGUCAAUAGUGUAAAUGAGUAAAUUUAUAAUUUAGCUUCACCAAGAAAGAUUUUUGUUCUGUAAUUAUUCAGUUUUGUCUGGCUUUCCUCCUGUAUCUUUUAAGUCUUAGUUUUUCUUAAUCCACCAUCAGUGUCCAUGUGCAAGCCGUGUGAGUGUAUUGGAAAGGUUAGGCUAACAAUAGGUUUAGCUGAGCUGAAAAAUGGGCUUUUUGUCUCCAGUCUGUUAAGCUCAGAAUGCUCACUGGAAUUUUUUUUAUCCUGACUUUACUACAAGGUCCAUGUCCAUCUCAUCAUUUAAUUAUAGUUGGAAGGGCAGGAUUUUGAAGCAGCAUUUAGUGAAAUAGUUUCUGAAGGGGCUUCCUUUCCUUGUUUAGGAUCAACACAUUGCAUCCGCCCUUCAGUACGUUUGCUUCAACAGACUCUGAAGUUUGUUGUCUAAGAUUUUCUGGUAACCAUUAACAUGAAUUGGCAUAUCUUGAGUUCCAAACUGUAUGUUAAGAGGUUUAGAUCUGUUCUUUUUAUGGCUAAAUUCAUAUUCUUACAAAGGGUAACGUCUGGAAUGUUGAGUUAACCAGUCCAUCCAUUUAUCCCCUUUUUUCACACGGGUACUAAGAACAGAAGCAUCCUUUUAUUUUUUGAUUCAGUGGCUGUUCACUGUCUUCUCCACUGGGCCAAUGGACACAGGCAAAAUAUGCUGUUUGUUUCUUUUGCUUGUGAUGAGAAAGAUUUUGCAGUUGUUUGAUGGGCCUUUUCCAGAUAUGUUAUAAGCUGCAUUAUUUUGUCGCUGUAAGUCUAACAGAACCAUGAUCAGUGUGAUGACAGGAUGGCUGCCUCUGUUGCGGGUUUCAGUAUGUGCUCUCAGCAGACAUUUAUGCUGUGGUUAUUUGAUCAUUGGUAGUUAUCUUUAACAGGUGAAGUGUUUUUAUCACUUCCAGGAGUCAGAAUCCUUUGGAAAUACCUUUAUAUACUUCACCACAUUGGUGUGCCAGAAUCACCCCAUUCUUUUAGUUUCUGAUCUGGGAGUUUUCUCUGUUAUGAUUCAAGGAGUGUCACACGUACUGUAGAAAGGCCCCCAUUGUGAAAAGGAACAGAUAUCCAAGUGUAUCUUUUGAUGUUUGAGAGGGUCCACCUGUUACCUUAAUGGCUAUAAAACCUCCUUUAUAUAAAUAUUACUAUUACAUUUCUGAAACCUUAUGAGCAGAAAUGUUUUCUUGCAUAUUAGAGACCUUGUUAUUGGGUGGCUUGGACGGAGAAUCCUGGGAAAUCCACAUGCUUGUUUACACAAAUUCAGUCAUAACUUGUCCUGGCCAUAGAAGGCGUAACCCCCUGAACCAUGGAGCCUUGUGAUUUUAAGAGUCAGAUAAAGAAGGGCGCAAGAAGGGUGCUCUGAGGUGCACCUCACCUUCCACUGCAGAGGGUCCUCUGUAAGACCAUUUGAUAUGAUGAAUACUCUUUUCUUAUUGCCAUCCUCUAGCUCUAUAUUGUAUAAAUGAGAUGCUUGAUUGGAAAUUUGCUAUGUAACAUUUUAGCCUGCAGGGAUCUAUUGUGUUCAUAAGUGCAAAAUAAAUAAAAUUGGUAUAUUUUUA